UUCCCCUUUCUCACAUUAGACCAGCUGAACUGAGACAUGUUGUGAUUUAACUUUCCGGCAUACUACACAAGCCUCUGUCUGUUUUCAUCUGAAGAGGAAAUUCAGGGGUUUGAAUCGCUUUGAAUCACAGACUGAAAUGUUCAUGUUCUUCAGGCUCUGUGUGUAUCUCUUGUUGUUUUUAAUCUGUUUCUCACAGGCAGAGAUAUCCUGCUUAAAUGAGGAUGGCCAGCCUGUGGACUGGUUCCUUAUUUACAAACUUCCCUUUUAUAAAAUGGAGGUUAAGGGGAGUGGGGUGGAUUAUAUGUAUCUGGAUCCUUCUGUCAUGAACUGGCAGUUGAGUAAACAGACAGUAAAUAGCAGUAAAGGAGCUUUAGGCAGAACAUUGACACAGCUGUACUCCAGAUAUACAUCCAACAGCUCAGUCUAUAUGCUUUACAAUGAUGCCCCACCAGAACUGAAGUACCCGAGCAAUUAUGGACAUACAAAAGGAGUAAUUUUGUUUGAUCAGUCUCAGGGAUUCUGGAUCACACACAGCGUUCCUCAUUUCCCUCCAUUUCCAGAGAGAAAUUACAGUUAUCCGACUACAGGAAAAUACUAUGGCCAGACUCUUCACUGUAUUACGUACAGUUAUACACAGUUUCCUCAAAUAUCACGGCAGUUAGCAUAUAUUGACCCACGUGUGUACAACUGCUCAGUUCCCUUGGCAUUUCGCAAAGAUAUUGCAGUCAUGGCUCAAAUUUGUGAUGGAAAAUCUCCGGCCAUAAGAACCAUGAGGAAUCUGGAGAAGCUGUUCUCAGCUCAAGGGCAGACCUUUUUUAGUUUUGCCAAAUCACACAGCUACGUAGAUGACAUUUACACAGGUUGGGUGGCCCAAGUGUUGGACACAGAUCUGCUUGUGGAAUCAUGGCUGCACCAGGCACAUCGCCUUCCCUCCAACUGCUCUCUCCCACGACAUGUGAUGAACAUUAAAAGAGUUUGUCUCCCAGGACUGCAGCUGUUCAGCUCCUAUGAGGAUCAUUCCAAGUGGUGUGUGUCUUAUGCAUUCAAAGACCAGUGGAUCUGUUUGGGUGACUUGAACAGAGACAGUGGUCAGGCUGGCAGGGGUGGUGGACUCAUAUGUUCUCAAAACCCAGUCAUUUAUAAAGCCUUCCGUCAGGCGGUGGCUGAAUAUAAACCUUGCUAAAACCAAAACACCUUCAGAAGACUGAACCAAUUAAGAACUUCAGAGCAUGUUUAUAUAUUUUUGAGAAGAGUUUUGUCUUACUUUAAUAGAAUUGUCAUUAUAAAAGUCCAAACCGGGGGGGGGG